UCCAUAAUAAGGGCCAAAAGGCAUGGCUUCCCAAACAGAGCCUUGGCUACUGGAGAACGGCAGCGUUAAGUGCUUAACCAAAGAGAACCGACAAGGCCAUGGCCGAAGCCUUCGGACAGCUCACAACAUGUCGUCCUCUUCCCUCCGCAUAAAGUCCGAUUUGACCCUCGUCUCCAAACUCCAAUUCCCCUGCCUUAGGAACUUCCUCGCUCAUCUUCAGGAGGUCCUUUUGGGAACUAAGCUUUCCGUUCUCUUCCCUGCCAUUCCGCUAGCCGUUCUGGCUCAGAGUUGUGCCUUUGGAAGACCUUGGAUUUUUGCUUUGAGUUUGCUUGGCCUCACGCCAUUGGCUGAACGUGUCAGCUUUCUGACAGAGCAAAUCGCUUAUUACACUGGUCCAACAGUUGGAGGGCUUUUGAAUGCAACGUGUGGGAAUGCAACAGAGAUGAUAAUAGCAAUUCUUGCACUUACAAAGGGAAAGAUAGAAGUGGUGAAGUAUUCUCUUUUGGGCUCUGUUCUUUCAAACCUUCUUCUUGUUCUUGGAACCUCUCUCUUCUCUGCUGGCAUUGCCAAUCUAUCAACCCAUCAAAUUUUUGAUAGAAGACAGGCAGAUGUGAACUCACUGAUGCUGAUGCUGUCAUUUCUGUGCCAUUUAUUGCCGUUAUUAUUUGGGUACGCCGCCACCACCUCCGCCGUCGCAGCCGCCGCCUCCACCCUCCACCUGUCCAGAGCCAGCAGCAUCGUUAUGCUCUUGGCUUACAUUGCUUACUUGGUCUUCCAACUCUGGACUCACCGCCAAUCAUUUGAAGCCCAGGAGGAUGAAAACGACGACGUACCAGGAGAAGAGGCAGUUAUUGGAUUCUGGAGUGCAUUUGCAUGGCUUGUAGGAAUGACACUCCUGAUUGCUUUGCUGUCGGAAUACGUUGUCAACACAAUUGAGGAAGCAUCAACUACUUGGGAUUUGUCGGUGAGUUUCCUCAGCAUAAUCUUGCUCCCUAUCGUCGGGAAUGCAGCCGAACACGCCGGAGCUAUCAUCUUUGCCUUAAAAAAUAAGUUGGACAUAAGUUUGGGGGUUGCUUUGGGGUCAGCAACACAAAUUGCACUUUUUGUGAUUCCACUGUGUGUGAUCGUUGCUUGGACAAUGGGAGUGGAUAUGGAUCUAAAUUUCAACCUCAUGGAAACGGCGUCGCUUGGAUUAGCCAUUAUUACCACAGCCUUCGCCUUACAAGAUGGAACCUCUCACUAUAUUAAAGGCCUUGUUCUUCUGUUAUGUUAUGUUAUUAUUGCGGCUUGUUUCUUUGUCUCCAACACUCAACAAGAUGGUAUCAAUAUCCCCAAUUUGGAAAUCCAAUCUAGAAGAAUUCUCUUGAAGUCUCCUUGAGAUGAAGGACCAAAUUGCAAAAACCAAAAAUAAGAGGGACUUGUAAUUAAAUUCUUUUGAAUUUCAAAAUUGGCCCCAUGGUAAAGUUGUCUUGAAUUUUCAUGUAUAUCAUAAGAAUGGAACAUUAUUCAUAUA